GGUCGCUGAUUGGCUGUCGCCAACCAACCUCUUUGCUCAUCGACUACGACGAUGUUCAGAGCAUCGUCGUCAACGUCUCAAAUAUCACGGCCAUUCAAGGCCAAGUUGCGCCGAGGGUUUGCAACCGUGUCAGACCCUCCGGUUCGAAGAUAUGGUGGCUUGAAGGACCAGGAUCGUAUCUUCACUAACGCAUACUGUCGGCACGACCAUGGAAUCAAGGGUGCUCUGUCUCGUGGUGACUGGCACCGAACCAAGGACAUUCUGGCAAAAGGAGAUUCAUGGAUUAUUCAAACCAUUAAAGACUCUGGUCUUCGUGGGCGUGGAGGCGCUGGUUUUCCGAGUGGUUUGAAGUGGAGUUUUAUGAAUAAGCCCGGAUGGGAAAGGGACCCUCGUCCACGAUACCUUGUCGUCAACGCCGACGAGGGUGAACCUGGUACCUGCAAGGACCGAGAGAUUCUGCGUGGUGACCCUCACAAGCUCAUCGAAGGCUGUCUCGUCGCCGGUCGUGCAAUGAAUGCUAGUGCGGCUUACAUUUAUAUCCGUGGCGAGUUCUACCAAGAAGCUUCACACGUCCAACAAGCCAUCACCGAAGCCUACAAGUCCGGUUUCCUCGGAAAGGACGCUUGUGGAUCCGGGUACUCUUUCGAUGUUUACCUCCAUCGUGGUGCUGGCGCCUACAUUUGUGGUGAGGAAACUGCUUUGAUCGAGAGUUUGGAGGGUAAGCAGGGAAAACCACGACUGAAGCCUCCCUUCCCUGCGGACGUUGGAUUAUUUGGUUGCCCUACGACGGUGGCGAACGUCGAGACGGUCGCUGUCGCACCCACAAUCUGCAGGCGUGGUUCAAGUUGGUUCGCAUCGUUCGGCAGAGAGAGGAAUCAGGGUACGAAGCUGUUCUGCAUUAGUGGACACGUCAACAACCCUUGUGUCGUCGAGGAGGAGAUGAGUAUCCCGUUGAAGGAUCUCGUUGAGAAGCAUUGCGGUGGUGUCGUUGGCGGAUGGGAUAACCUGCUGGGUAUCAUUCCCGGCGGAAGUUCCGUCCCAGUUUUGCCUAUCAAGAAGUGUGAGGAGGUUCUUAUGGACUACGACUCGUUAAAGGACGCGCAGUCAGGUCUUGGAACGGGCGCUGUCAUCGUCAUGAACAAGAGCACGGAUAUCGUUGCGGCUAUCGCUCGUUUCGCCCAUUUCUAUAAACACGAGUCCUGCGGUCAAUGUACACCUUGUCGUGAGGGUACAACUUGGAUGAUGAACAUGAUGGACCGGUUCGUUGAGGGCCGAGGUCAUCAACGCGAAAUUGACAUGCUUCUCGAGCUCACCAAACAAAUCGAGGGUCGAACUAUCUGCGCUCUCGGCGACGCCGCUGCCUGGCCCAUCCAGGGUCUCAUGCGUCAUUUCCGUCCCGAAGUCGAACAGCGGAUUGAGAAGUUCAGAGCUGAGAAUGGCCCUGUGUUGUUUGGUGGAAGGCUGAAGAGUCAGACUGAUCCCACACUUGCUAUCCCCGAUAACCUUGGUGCCAACCUACCUGAGGUUGCCCCUCCAAGCUCGUAAGGAUAUGUGACUGGGCGGGAGGAGGAGGCAGGGGGAGGAUAAAACGUUCGCUCUAGCUUUUUUCCUUUCGUGUAUCCAGUCGCGUUACUAAUACAUGCAGAUCCCUUUCCACCUCGCGUUGUAUAGUCUCAGUUGCUGCUUAUAUGGGGAUUGGAUGACAGACGAUCCAAGACCGAUGCAUAAUCAUUGUACGGUACUAAUACUACAUAGCGCUAACAGGAGGGUACUGGUAAUCUCGAGAGUUGCAAUUAGAGGUUUCCUGAUAUAUGAUUCUCAGAACACCGGCCCGUACCAAUGAAUUAAAGUUGAAUUCUAGAUCCC